AUAAUACAUGCCAUUACUAAUCCCUGAGUUGCAAACUUUCUUCUUCUUCUUUCAUUUGAUUCAACCAUGGUCCCUUCUUUUUGUUUCUAUAUGUUCUUCUUAGUGAUGAUUACUCUCUACAUGGUUUGUCCAGUGAGAUCAAGCGACUUUGAAGCUCUACUGAGUUUGAAAUCAUCCAUUGAUCCAUCAAACUCCAUACCAUGGACAGGAACAGAUCUCUGCAACUGGGAAGGUGUUAAAGAAUGCAUUAACGGAACAAGAGUCUCGAAGCUUGUUCUUGAGAAUCUGAACCUCACUGGUUCACUCGACGAGAAGAGCUUGAACCUGUUAGACCAGCUUAGGGUACUUAGUUUCAAAGGAAAUUCUCUCUCUGCAUCACUCCCUAACCUCUCUGGUUUGGUCAACCUCAAAUCUCUGUUUCUCAACGAUAACAACUUCUCCGGAAAGUUCCCUGAAUCACUGACGUCUCUCCACCGACUCAAAACCAUUGUCCUGUCUGGAAACAGGCUUUCCGGUCCCAUCCCAAGCUCGCUGCUACAUCUCUCCCACCUUCACACGCUUCACCUUCAGGACAAUCUCUUCUCCGGCUCCAUUCCUCCUCUCAACCAAGCAACUCUGAGAUUCUUUAACGUCUCUAAUAACAAGCUCUCUGGCCAUAUUCCACUGACACAAGCCCUGAAUCAGUUCAAUGAGUCGUGUUUUGCAGGAAACAUUGCUCUAUGCGGCGAUCAGAUUCAAAACUCAUGCAGAAGAAGGAAUGAAACAGCAGGAGGAGUCUCUUCCAAGCCGUCGGCAAUUCCAACGAUGCCUAUAGCCAAAACAAAAACAAAAACCAAAACAACGCUCAUUGCAAUCGUUGUCGGAAGCAUAGGUGGCGGUAUUGUAAUACUUUUGCUGGCACUGCUUCUUCUCAUACAGAGACGGCAACGAAUCAAAUCCAAGAGAAAAGAGUGCAUAAGCAAAGCCGUGGUAGUAGCAACAUCUGCGGACACAGAAGGAGGUAACAGGAGAAACAAAAGGUUCUCAUGGGAGACAGGAAGUGAAGAAGGAUCAGUGGGGACUUUGGUUUUCUUGGGGAGAGGUGAAUCAAACAUCAGGGCGGUGAGAUAUACAAUGGAUGAUUUACUCAAAGCUUCAGCUGAAACGUUGGGAAGAGGAACGUUAGGGAGCACUUACAAGGCUGUGAUGGAGUCUGGUUUCAUCGUCACUGUUAAGAGGCUCAAGGAUGCAGGUAUUACUCAGAGGGAGGAGUUUAAGAGACACAUUGAGAUCCUUGGCAGACUCAAGCACCCUAACCUGGUGCCUCUCAGAGCCUACUUCCAAGCCAAAGAAGAAUGCUUGCUCGUUUACGAUUACUUCCCCAACGGAAGUCUCUUCUCUCUUAUCCAUGGAAGUAAGAUUUCCGGGAGUGGGAAGCCUCUUCACUGGACAUCAUGUCUGAAAAUAGCUGAGGAUUUAGCAAUGGGACUAGUCUACAUUCAUCAGAACCCGAGCUCAACUCACGGGAACUUGAAAUCAUCUAACGUUUUGUUAGGUCCUGACUUUGAGUCCUGCCUCACGGAUUACGGUCUCAGAGAUCUGCAUGAUCCUAACUCACUGGAAGACACAACUGCAGCCUCUCUCUUCUACAAAGCUCCUGAGUGCAGAGACUUACGCAAGGCCACGACACAACCUGCAGAUGUAUACAGCUUUGGGGUCCUUCUUCUAGAGCUUCUAACAGGUAAAACUUCAUUCCAGGACCUUGUUCAUAAACAGGGGUCUGAUAUCUCCAGAUGGGUGCGUGCCGUGAGAAAAGAAGAGACUGAAUCAGGCGAGGAGCUGAUGUCUUCUGAGGAGAAACUUCAAGCUCUUUUGAGCAUUGCGACGGCUUGCGUGGCAAUUCAGCCUGAAAGCAGGCCUGUGAUGAGAGAGGUACUGAAGAUGGUGAAGGAUGCAAGAGCGGAAGCAGUAGUUUUGUCAUCUUUCAGCAGCGAUCAUUCACCUGGGAGAUGGUCAGAUACAGUUCAGAGCUUGCCAAGGGAGGAUCAUAUGAGCAUAUGA